GAACCGAGGGCGGAGCGUCGCACGGGGGCUGAAUGGCCCCCUUGUCCGGGAGUGCGGAAUUUUUUUCGUCACAGCGGUAGCCGUGGAAGCGCGGAGGCAAGAUGGCGCCGGCAGCGGCAGCGAGCGGGGACCGGGGGCUCAAGAGCUUGGUGUGGCAGAAACUAAAAACAUCAGUAUUUGAUGACUGUAGAAAAGAAGAAGAAUGGAAGAUAAUUCUUCUAGAUGACUUUACUACUAAGCUUCUGUCAUCAUGUGGUAAAAUGACAGAUCUACUUGCGGAAGGGAUAACGGCUGUGGAGAAUGUUUACAAAAACCGUGAGCCAGUCCCUCACAUGAAAGCCAUUUAUCUCAUUACACCUACAACAAAGUCUGUAGAUGGACUUAUAAAUGACUUUAUAAGUAAAUCAUCCAGCAAGUACAAAGCAGCAUAUGUCUACUUCACUGAUUUUUGUGAUGACAAACUUUUCAAUAAAAUGAAGUCAUCCUGUUCAAAAGCUAUCAGAAGGUGCAAAGAAAUUAAUAUUAACUUCAUCCCUUAUGAAUCUCAGGUAUUUACUCUUGAUGUCCCAAAUGCAUUCUAUCGCUGUUAUAGUCCCAGCAUGGAGAAGACAAAUGAUAAUGUAAUGGAGCAAAUAGCUGAGCAAAUAGUUACUUUAUGUGCUACUCUAGAAGAAAAUCCAGGGGUCAGAUAUAAAAGUAAACCUUUGGAUAAUGCCAACAAACUUGCUCAGCUAGUCGAGAAAAAGCUUGAAAACUAUUAUAAAAUUGAUGAACGAGGUCAAGUAAAGGGGAAAACUAAUUCCCAGCUGUUAAUAAUUGAUCGUGGUUUUGACCCUGUGUCUACUGUGCUUCAUGAACUCACUUUUCAGGCAAUGGCUUAUGAUCUGCUACCAAUUGAAAAUGAUACAUACAAGUAUAAGACUGAGGGUGCAAGUGGGAAAGAAAGGGAAGCCAUUCUAGAGGAAGAUGAUGAUCUUUGGAUGAAAAUCCGACACAAACACAUUGCAGAUGUGUUGGAGUAA